AUGUCGCCAGCACCGCCGCCCUGUGGCUUCGCCGAGGCGGAGUCGACAAACACAAAGUCUGCCCCCAAGUUCCGGUCGGCCUGCAAUGCCUGUCACGAAGUCAAGCUCAAAUGCCUGGGUGGCCAGCCUUGCGCACGCUGCCGAAACAAGCAGGUCGAGUGUGUAUACAGCCAUGCCGCCCGCAUUGGGAAGCCAAAAGGAAGCAGGAACAAAAAGACACUGGAGCGGCUGCGGCAGGCCAAGGCCAUGUCCAGACCAGAGGAGACACAGGGAGAAGAGACGACGUCCUUGACAGCGGUAGACGCGAGCCAAGCCAUCAACUGCCGCGCCUUGAGUGGCUCCACGCGCCGAGAUUCCUCCCCCCUUCCUCCCCCUCAUUCGGAUACAGACUCGGCGGAGGGGGGUGCAGAAGAGGAGCUGCUCGAUCAAGAGGAAAGAGACGAGGCAGAAAAGCCGCCAUUGGUAGAGAACCCUCCGAAUCUAAACCCACUCGAGCAAAUCAGCCCCCCGAGAGAGGACUUUCUGGAUCUGUUGGCACACUCCAGCCUGCUCAACAACACCCAACACGACCUGCAACACCCGACGGCUGAUAUGGUACCCGAUGGCCUGGCCGGUUUCCCACAUGCCUCCACUUCCGCUGCAGACGACCUGUCGUGGAUGACUUCGCCCACAAAAUCACUCUUGAGCACGACAUUUCCAGCCAUCGAGGAUGAUUUGCAGGACUUGCAGGAUCCCUUCCUGUGCUCCAGUUGGAGGAGCGCCUGUCUACCCCCGUCCUCUUCGAGAUCAUCCUUCCACUUUCCACGCUUCAAUCACUUCGCAGAAGACACAAUGGGUCUGGAAUACGCUUCGGGCAUGGAUGCCACCAGGUCGCUAGGCGAUCCACCGCACGCCAUGGCGAGGGCUGGCUCCUUCUCCACCAGCGGUCCCGGCUCGAGCCAAGAAGGCAGCCACUUCCUGUCUAGCAGGCACAGUCAAUCCUCGGGCAUGUACCAGCCGGUCCCCAAAAGACCGUCUUGUUCCUGUCUCAAGUUGCAGGCCUCUGCCCUGUGUCGCAUUCAUCUCGUCGACCGGUCUCACGCCGACAUGCGCGGGGACACCGUCCUAGCCACUGCGUCCACCAUUCUCGACUCGUGCAAUGCCCUGAUCUUGUGUCCCUCCUGCGCAACAGACUACAAAUUCCUUCUCCUCGCCAUCAUGACAGUGCGAAUCCUGCUUUGUUGGCUUCGCGGUCUUUCUGCUACACGCACCCAGAAUGACAACGCCAACAUGAAACUGACAUUGGGCGAGUACGAAAUCUCUGGAGAAGAAGAAGCCAUUAUCAAGAAUAUGCUGGUCUCACGAGCACUCGAGAAGGUCAAGAUUGCUGUCCGGAGACUCCGAGAGCGUGUGAACAGUAUCACGAUACAAGAGGUGGGCAAUUGCAGCGAGUCUACACAGCGCUGGGAUCUUACGUACAUACGCAUGUGCCUCGAUCACAUGGAAAAACAGGUGGGCUGCUGA